AUGGCUUCAGGAGGAGUACUGUCUCGAGAGACGCAGAUGUCUAUUGAAGAAACGUCCACGUUUCCUGGGUUUCGGUUUGCGCCAACAGAUGUAGAGUUGAUUUCUUAUUAUUUGAAGAAGAAGAUUGAAGGAUCUCCUGAGAAAUGGCUUGAAGUUAUUCCAGAGAUUGAAAUUUGUAAACACGAGCCUUGGGAUUUACCAGGGGGAAUACCUGAAGAGGAGACAGCAGCUGAAUGCUCUAAGAAGUUUAGUAGUAGCUCCGAUUCUUACCCGAUUGAGAAUUUUUCUUCAGCAUACGAAUCCGAACUGAAAUCAUCAACUGAUGCUGACUUGGCAGAGUCUUCCCGCCGACAGAAGGAUUGUGACAACGAUGAAGUUAUUUGUGGUGAUAUACUGAAGGAUGAUAUAUAUGGUGAUAUACUGAUGGAUGAUAUAAUCGAACUUGACGAAACUCUAUUGUCUGCCCCUCCUGGGGUCAAUCCACCGGUUGAAUUCAAGCCUGAGUCUCAAACAACACCUCAGCAGCCAGUUGAAUCAUUUGUGUCGGAGGCACUUCCUCUAUCCUCCAUUCCUUCGCAAGGAACAGCAAACCGAAGAAUCAACUUAAAGAAGCAAAUGCCCGGUACCUCUGAAGCAGAGGCGUUUAUUAAUAACGGAGAUAAGGAAAGCAAGUUACCAUGCUCAAAGGAGCCUUCAAAACGUGUGCUUAGUUUCCUCUCCGCAAAGAUGAGCCGCCUUCGACUCUUUUCUACAGUUUUUAUCCUCCUGAUUUUCCUGCUUUUGUUAGUAAUUUUAGCCGGACGUUUCCAGAAAGUCAAAAGGAACACCUAUGCCUAG